GGCGCUCGUGAGGGCGGCCGCGUCUAGGACUUUCGCUCCCAGAGUGCUCCGUGAUGGCGCGGCCGCGAGGCGCCGUCGCGCGCCCACCGGCGUCCUGCGGUCGCCUCCCCGCACGGGCUGGUAGCAGCCGCUCCACCAUAGAGGGCGGUAGCGCCGUUAUGGCGGCCUCAUGCUGGACGCGACCUCUCCGCAGAGCCCUUUUCUCGCUGGGCUCUGGUCCGGGCCGCGCCGGGACUGCUGCGGCCCGCGGGCGCACCAGUGCCUCAGGCGUUGCCCGGGCAGCUAUGGGGGCGUCCUGAGGGGGCCGGGCGCGUCUCCAUGGUGACGCGUGUAAACAGUGUGCCUGGUGCAAGCUAUGGCGGGGCGCCGCGCUCCGCCGGGCGGGACCUCUCUUGCAUCUUCCUCUGAGGCUCCAAAUUGCCAAACAGAUAACAGGCUGAAAUACACCCUUUCCAAGAAACAGAAGAUUCCGCCUUUCCAGCUUUCUGCUAGAGGCCAUUGGUCCACAUGGCCUGCAUUUGCGUCAGGGCAGACAGUCCUGCAGAAUCAUAAACCCUGCUGUGUCCCAAAGGAGAGAAAGUCCAGCAAUAAACAGGCUCUUCUUACCAUUCCAAAGCCACGAUACUUGGAGCAACUGGAGUCUUACUUAAGGAAAGAGCUGCAAUCUCUUGACCUGACUAAGAAGAAUUCCCAGGAACUGAAGUUACAGCCCUACAGAGAGAUCUUUGAAUUCUUCAUAGACAGCUUCAAGACCUACAAGCCCUUGCUGUCAGCUAUAAAGAAUGAAUACGAAGUUACUUUGGCUCAUCAGAAGGAGAUGAUCCGUGCCCUAGAGCCCCUGAAGGCUAUGGUCACAACUGUGUCUGAGGAGUACACCCAGCAGAUACUAGCACUUCAGGAAAAGGAGAGAGUUGAAAUAAAUAUGUUAAAGCAAGAGAAACAGCAUUUGUUAAAGUUCAUUGACAGCAUGAAGGAAGAGAAGAGUUCUCUUGAGAUUCAGGUGGAGCAUCUGCAAAAGAGCUUGGCUGAGGAGUACGUUCGCUAUCUCAAUGAGUACCAUGCCCGCAAACUGCUUCUAGCAAACAUGAAUGAAAUGCACAAUGAACAGUUGGGCCUGACACUUCACCAAGUCCAAGAUGUCAAGAGUGAAGAUGUGGUGAAGUUAACUUUGGCAUUAAAGAUAGCUCGGCAGGACCUCACAAAAGCCCAGGUGGAACUAAACAGAAUGAUAGCAGACUAUGGAGAUGUUGUGCCCAGGAGAGAUUUUGAAUCACUGGAGAAAAAAUAUUCUGAUUUACUUCAGAAGAUGAAGACCCAGCAGAAAGAUUUUGAUCAGCUCCAUAAGGAAUAUGACAUGCUGCUGGAAAUCCACAGAGAGACUGCAGAAGAGCGAGACAAUGCCUUCAUUGAACUCCAAGAAGUUCAGCGCGGUUGCACACCCCGGCCAAACUGGGCAAAGUGUUCAGAAGUGAUUCCUGGUGGAGGUGACCGGUGGAGCUCUCUGGCUGAGGGGAAAACCAGUGAUCAACUAGUGGAUAUGCUUCUGGAAGAAAUAGGAACAGGAGUACUGAAAGAGAGAGAGGUCUUCCUUGGAUGGGGCAAAGGUGACAACGUUCCUGUGUACCUGAGGUACGAAGGUGAAAUCAAGAAUAAAAAGCUGAGUAAGAAGGAUGUGGUGACUAUCCUAAAGGAUGUCUGGAGAGAGAAAAAUGCACUAGAACAGCAGACAGGGAAGCGAUCCAGUCUUCCUGAAUUCUUUCUCAGCUACCUCCAGAAGAAGUAUGGAGAUGCUGCUGCCAUGGAAUGGUCUUACACCAUUUAUGAGAACAUGCGACUCUAUCAAUCAAACCACGUCAUGAGUUCAUUCUACGACAUACUCACUGGGAAGGUAGGGGAAGAACAGUACCAUGGCCAGAAUCAGCUGAUUUCCAAUCUGCAAAAGGAGCUGGCUGCCUGUGAUAGCUUGAACACCGGAUCCCUGACCAGCGAGCAGUUCAGCAUGGCUGUGAGGGAAGUUUUUCCCCUGAAAAGGACUGAUUCAAUCCAAGAACUAAUUGAUGCAAGCAGAUACAAGCUAGACAGUGCUGAAGACCUCAUCAACUACAGAUCCUUAUUCAGUGAAGAUGAGGAGGGGAAUGCUGAACCUUUCAUUGCAAUGAUUAGGAACCAGUAUGUAAGCGAGAAGCAGGAGUAUCUGAGAGAGCUGAAGAGCAAGCUGGGAGAUUUGAUAGAGGUGAAUGCAGAUGAUCUGAAGACAGCUUUCUGCGCAAUUGAUCCCGAUAUUGAUGAUCAGACAUUAGAUAUCUACAUUGGCCUGGCUUAUCAGGUUGGAAAAGAACAGACAGCUCAAGAUGUCCUGCCUGUGGAAACUGCACUUGAGAGACUACUGGCUGGAGAUGUAAGACGAGUAGGGCCCUCACCCAAAGAGGAAAGCAAGACAGACUGUGAAGAAGGCGAGUAAGGAGACUUCUAGUAUUACGAAUAAGAGACUUUGAACAAAGCUAUGAGUCAGAGCUACUGCACUGAAUACUUCUUUCCAUGUACAUUUAGACCCACCUAGUAACUAGCAGCUGAGAGGAUAGGCUGGUUUGAACUAUCAGAAGCACUUUCAGCUCAAGCAGCAAAGCAGUUCAGUGCAGUUUUGUGACCCAUGCAGAUUCAUUUCAGCUCAGCAAGAGUUGCAUAUGUCAGGCUGACUGCUCCCCAAACAAGAUUAACAUCCUCACAGCACUGGGGCACCCCAGCAAAUUGGGCUCUCUGCUUGGUAACAAAAUGACUAUGCUGCAGCAGUCAUUACUUGGACCUGUGAGUCACCACCAAACUCAAGGCUGCAGUGUGGUUGCUUUAGCCCUUCUGCAAAGUAGGCCUUAUGGCUAAUUGGCUCAGAGAAGAAAGGCAGGAUUUCACAAGAUACAUUUACAAAAUAAGGUGCCAUUAUCACAGUUAGGUCAGUGUGCAAGUGAAAGAAGAAUUCAAACUAUGCCAGGUUUGCUAGCAUGUCUUUCCCCAAGAAGACCUUUAUCCCAGCGUGGUGGCUGUUGUCCAGCAUAGUCACUUUGAAAGAAAUUCAAGUGCUGCCCCGGGAGUAGGUUUAAUCGAGCUCUGAACCACAAAAAUAAUCCAAGCAUAGAAACACUGGAAUCUGUUCCUUGCUUCGGAGAAGAGACCACAUGUGUUCUGGUAACUGCCCUUCCAGCCACAGGCAUCAACUAGUCUUUCCUAUUCCUUAGUGACUUCUCUAUUCAGCAUAUAGCCCUCUCCAGGAAGGGGAAUAAGGGUUCCUAAAGCAAACUCCAGUAGGAAAGCAGAUCUGCUAUGGUUAUACCUGAAUCUUUGAGCAAGUGGAGCAAACGAACUCAAGAACUAAUUACGCAAAUUGUUCCUUUUCUCACAACAUGCUUUGAAAAGUAGAAAGGGGAAAGCUGAAAUCAAAAGAUGCCUUCUGAAAAUAACAAAGCACUAGUUUUGUGAGCACUUGCAAGGAGACUCCUGCAAAAACCCUGAUCCAUUUGUGAGGUGGAAAGCCAUCAUAGCCUGUGUGAGAGUAAGUAACACCAAGUGUAUGAGGCCCCUGGGAUUUCUGCCUUGAAUACUGAACUUUGUGCCACACAUCUCCAGCACAGACAAGUUGCAAAAUACCAGGAAAGGAGCUUUAAGUGGAUUAAGAAAGGAGAUGCAUCAUAUAGCUAGAAACCAAAUGCUGUAACUGCACAUAUCUCUAGGAAUGGUCCGAAAUAAGCAGUAAUAAUAUGGGAAAAUUAAGUAUAUCUAAAAAGAGCAGGGAACUUGAAUACAGAGGAAGUGUUUGGCAGAUGAACAUUAAAUUGCAAAGCUCUUCAAGAAGGCACCUAAUGGGGAGGCUAGAGAAGGCGCUGGGCUAUAGAGAGCAGGAAUCAUCUGUUUGUUAACUGCUGUUCACAGUGCCAAGUAUUUCUUUUGCUCUUGAAGUUACAUUGUUAGGACUUGAAAGAUGGCAAUUUCCAUAUAAAUUCUGAAUUUAGUUAAUGCUGACUUUACUGCAAUUAGAAGCUGAACACUUCUCAAUAAAAGAGAAGGAACAGACAGGGACUCAUCCCUCUCCCUCUUACAUUCCCAACCAUCUAAGCACUAUCAUCUAGUCCCUUCAACUGGAAGU